AUGAAUUUGAUUUAUGCAAUUCCUUUAUUUGUUGGGCUUAUUGGAUCAGCAGUAUCCUAUAAAGUUCUAGUAUUCAAUCCGGCUUACGGAGCGAGUCAUUCGAAUUUUUUGGGCAAAAUAUCUGAUAUCCUUAUUGAUGCUGGAAAUGAAGUGGUAAGAGUGAGAGCCGUUGGAAAUUGUUGGAAAGUUUGGUUUUUUCAGACAAUGCUAAUUCCAGUAUAUCUGAGCAAUAAGAGGAAUCAAACAGGUUCAAAGAAAGUGACCAAGAUUGUGGAAAUCGGACAGGAUCCACGAACGAAAGCAAUAUUUGAAUCUGGACAAAUCGAAGGCAUCAUAAAAUCUAAAGUGUGGACUAUGGAUCCGGAGAUGAUGUCUCUCUUUGGAAUCAUCAGUGAGAUGAACAUUGGAAUUGGUUAUCAAUGUGAAUACAUUUUCCAACAGACUGAAAUUCUUGAACAACUUCGCAAUGAAAAUUUUGAUCUAGCUAUCACCGAAUCUCUUUUUGCUUGUCCCUUUGGUGAGUAUAUAUACCAUAAAACCUGUAAUACAAGCCCCCCCCCAAUUAUCACAAUGCCUAUGACAGAUAUCAAAAGUCUGUCAGCUGACAAAAAACCGUAUGAUAUUAUGACAAACAAUUUAUCAGUUGACAGAUUUUUUGUAUCUUUAACAGCUGUCUUCGAUCACAUUGGUAUUAAAACAGUCAUAAAUGCGGAAUCGAAUUUAUUCAAAGAUGCCAUGAAGUAUGCCCAUGGAGAGCCAGCUGCGAUCAGUUAUUUUCCGGGAUUGUUCUCUCCGAAUAACGACAAAAUGUCUUUUUUCACAAGAGCCAAGAAUUUGUUGAGAAUGAUGUUCACACAAUAUUUAUUUGGAUCGAGAUACCAAAGAGAACUCAGAACAAUCAAACCGUAUUACAACGGAACAGAAAGUUGGACAGAACUUGUGAGCAAUGUUGCAUUCUACUUUAUUAACUCAAAUCAAUAUCUGGAUUAUGCAAGUCCAACUCUACCGAAGACAGUUUUUAUCGGUGGGAUGCAAGUGGUUACUAAUAAAAAGAAGACGAAGCUGAAUCAAGAAUGGGAUACUCUUUUGAAAAUUAGAGACCAAAAUGUUCUGAUUUCUUUUGGAUCGAAUGCUCAUUCAUGUGAUAUGCCAGAAGAAUUCAAAAAAUCGUUUCUCGAAGUCUUUGAAUCAAUGCCCGAUACCACUUUCAUUUGGAAAUACGAAGAUGAAAAUGCCACGCUGGCUGAUCAUCUUCCGAAUGUGAAAUUGACGAAAUGGAUGCCUCAAAAUGAUCUUUUAGGUGAGACAGUUAUAACAAACAAUAACAAUUUUAAGCCGAUUCAUGAAACAACAAAGUCUUCUUAUCUAUUAAAAAUGUCAUAUUUUUCAGCUGAUGAUCGUCUAACACUAUUCGUCACUCACGGAGGACUGGGUAGUACAAUGGAGCUUGCUUAUCAGGGGAAACCGGCGUUAAUUAUUCCGUUACUUGCUGAUCAACCUAGAAAUGCUCACAUGCUCACACGACACGGCGGAUCACUUGAGUUCGACAAGAAGCUUCUGGGGAAUUCAGAAGAACUUCGAAAAGCAAUUCAGAUGGUGUUGAAGAACAAGAAGUACCUUGCAAAUGCUAAAUGGCUAGCAGGUAUUCUAAACUCUCAACCGUUUUCUCCGAAAGAUGUCGUCCUGAAUCAUUGCAAUUUUGCUGUCGAGCAUGGAACUUUGAACACAUUGAGUUCGGAGGGGAAACAUUUAAAUCUCUUCCAAUAUUAUUCCUUCGAUAUUGCUAUUGUUUUCUUAACUUUAACUGUUGUUUUUCUAGUUUUAACUGGUUUUAUACUCUCGCUUCUUCUAAAGUUUUUGUCAAGAAUUUUUAAAAUCAGUAUGACUGAUACUCCUCCCAUCAAGAAGCAUACUCCUCGCGUUCGUAGAUCAUCUGAUGUUAGCUUGAGCGCUACAUGUGCAUCUACUCCAAAUAAUCAGCAAUCGGUUAAAAGAAGGGUAUCAGCAGCGAGCAGCGUGAGUGAGAAGAAGAAGCCAAAAAGAAACAGCUAUGAGCCCAAAAAGGAUCAAUACAUACACCCAUAUGACCACAUUUUCCACUGGUCCGAUCGUAAACUGAACGAUAAUUCUUACCUCGGAGUUAAGAGCUUGAGAUAUUCCGGAGCAGAUAUCAAAUUAGAAGAAGACAGAAUUGAACUGGCUGCUAAAACAGUAUUAAGGGAGAAGAAUGAGUUUGCUGAGAAAGAAUUUGCAACAUUGUUUCCUGAUGAUAACUCGGAUGACAGCGAUGAUGCCUACCAAUUGAGCAAGGAUGAAGAUGUUGCAGACGAUGAAAAUUACUCUGACUCAGAGAAGUAUUUUGAGAAGGCGAAAUACGUUCCAUUGACUUUAACUACAACGGGCGGAACAAGAAUUACUGUACCACCAGUUAGAAAGCCAUACGAAAUGACGAAAAUGCGGUUCGUGGAACCAUUGACUGAAAACGUUUACCGUGACGAUCAGCUGCAGUUGACACACUUUCCACAGUUUGAUGAGUUUCCUGUUGAUGAUCUAGACUACGAUGCCGUCACAGCAUUCCUUCACAGGACUUUUCCAAAUGGUGUCCAUGGAAAUUGGAGGAAUAAAUUCGAGACGAGUGACGAGAUGUUUUAUAAAACAUUGAUGGCGGUGCUACCCGGAACGAAGAACCUCGAUCUACUUUACCACGCAUUCUUCAAUACUUUUCCCAGCUAUGGCGCGCUCGAUGAAGUUCCUAAAAUGUUUCAUCGACUGCAUAAGAAGUACUCGAACGGGAAGGUUGAUUUGGAAAUAUUGGAACUAUUGGAUUCGUUGAAAGAUCCAAUGAAGACUAAAUCACUCCCCUACUUCAAGAAGUUUCCUUUUGACGUCAAGUAUCCCGACACUCGAGAAAACUUCAUUGUCCGAUUCAUCAAAAUUGCGGAGGAAGCGUGCUCUGAUAACUGUUAUUUACAUGAUGAUGAGCUAGCAACACGAAUGGAAGGAUUCUUUGAUGAUCCCGAUUCGAAGCAGCUAACACUAUUCAUUCUCAAAUCAACCAAACGGCAGUGUUCUGAGUUUCUCAACACUCUUCUGAUGCGAGACGAUAAAGACGUCGUGAAGAACUUUUGUCAAACAGCAAAGCUUUUUCCCAAUGGCUCAUGUGCUUCUUGGUUCAAAAAGUUGCUUGAUUCUGCCAGCUACUGUGAUGCAAUGGCAUUCCAACAAAAAAGUUACGCCAGAAGAAUGGAAAACUUUCGGCAUGCUCAAAAGGAAGACAAAAAGAGAAGAAGAGAACAGAAUAAGGGCGAGGAGGACAAGUACGAAGAUUACACAACUCAUUGUGAUCAUCUCGGUCCUUGUGGCCCAGGAGUUCGAAAUUGUCCAUGCAAACGCUUCUGCACAGUCUUCUGCAACUGCGACUUCAAUUGUAACCGAAAGUUCCCAGGUUGCGAGUGUCCGCCGGGAAAAUGUCAGACCCGACAAUGUCCAUGCUUUGAAAUGGACUUUGAGUGUUCAGAAUUAACAUGUAGACAGUGUCUUGAAGAUUAUACCCCGGAACUCUCGUCGUGUGACAAUUACGAAAUGACACAAGGAGACUUGAAGAAAAUCCGUGUUGGAAAGUCGAGCAUUGCUGGCAACGGCGCCUUCCUGGAAGAAGAUGUGAACAAAGAAGUAUUUCUUGGUGAAUAUGUCGGUGAACGAGUUUCUAGCGAGGAGGGAGAACGCCGCGGAAUUUUUUAUCGGCUCAAUAUCAGUUAUACUUUUGCUCUUGCCGACUCUGGUGACGUUGAUGCCCUGCGAGCCGGAAAUGUACUUCGGUUCCUCAACAAUUCGGAUAAGCCAAACUGCUACAUCCAAUAUAAAUACGUCAAAGGAGAUCUAAGAAUUGGUUUCUAUACGUUGAAAGCCAUGAAGGCUGGCGAAGAGUUAUUCAUCGACUACUGCUACAAACCCGAGGACGCUGCCAUGUUUUUCAGUGUUGCUCCAUGUGAUAGAGUUCCUAGAAUUAAAGAUGAUAUUCCCAUUAAGGAGGUAAAGAAGAAAAACCAGAUUAAGAAACCGAAAAAGUAG